UCUCUCUCCGACCCUUCUGCGCUCGUUAAUCACGUGAAUCUAAGCCUGAAGCGAGGAGAGAAAUCAAGACUUUUACACACACACACACACGCGCGCGCGCGCAAACACACACACGCCCACACACACACACACACUUGUGGGAUUUACUUUGCUCUCUCUCAUGUUUCGGACAUGGACACGGUUUGUGGUCAGUGUUGUAGGUGUGCUGCUUACAGGCGCUCAUCACGUCUUGACCAUCGAGGUGUCCACGCCCAAAGAACUGACGGCGGUUAACGGGACGUCCGUUCGGCUCAAAUGCACCUUCAAGUCCAACCAACCGGUGACUGAGAAAUCAGCGUCUGUCUCCUGGAGCUUCAAACCACUAAGUCUAGGCAUGGAGGAACAGUUCUUCUACUAUCAUGAGGUGCCCUUCCCGCCCACUCAGGGUCACUUUAAAAAUCACGUGACGUGGUCGGGGGACGUGAUGAACAACGACGGCUCCAUCACACUAAACGACGUGCAGUUCAGCUUUAACGGCACCUACACCUGCCAGGUGCGCAACCCACCCGACGUACAUGGCUACACCAGCGAGAUCCGGCUGGAGGUGGUUCGUACAGUGAAAAUCUCCGAGAUCGGAAUUCUGGCUGCGGCGGUGGGCGGAGCCAUUGUGCUGGUCCUCGUCAUCCUCACCGGCGUCCUCAUUGUGCGUUAUUUCCGAAGUCGCCAAGGAGACGCAGGCAUAGAGCUGCAAGACACAAAGCGAGGGAGCGUAUGCUUUCUGGAGGAGUUCAUACCAAUAAACCAACCAGAGAAAGCGCUAGAAAAGGACAAGCUUCAACUUCAAGAUGAUCUAGAAAAGAAACUCCCAGAAGAGAUCGACGCUAAAGAAUCCGAUGCUAACUUAAAAGCCAGCGACGAUGACUAAGCAAAUGAAGCAUCUCCGAAAUCUGCGAAACCAGAUGCAGACACGAACACUUCCUUUUCCUGUACGUAUCGUUAUUAAUCAUAGGUUUGUAGCUUUUACGAUUUGCACGUGAUUCAGAAUUGCGCUGGCUAGGAAAUGAUCCGAUUGAAAAAUUAGCAACAUUAGCUGAGACAAAACAUGCUCAGAACGUGACGCUAACAGUAAACAUUUAAGUAGAUGCUAGCCCUGUAAAGACAGUAUCGAAAGACGUUCUAGAUACGUGUUAGCAAAGAUGCUAGCGAAAUAAUGGAACCUGAACGGCGAUGCUAGUCAAUUAGCAAAUAAGCAGCAUUAAUAAGGUUAGCUGCUUCUGUAAGAAUAAAAUUGGGACAUGUAGGCAAAGUGUGUAGGCUAAUGCUGAUACAACCUUUUGAAAAUCGCUCGUAAAUUUACCUGAAUAAGAAAUGUUUUAGUACAGACCGUGAAGCUAGCCUUUUUUUUUUUUUUUUUUUUUUUUAAAUAUUUUUAUACAUUUUUAUAAAAGAUUCAACUUUACAGAAGGUUUCUGGCAUUUUUGAGCACAACUGCUUUUCAAACAAAUCUUAAAUUUAUAAAAAAAAAAAAAAAAAAGAAGCCAAAUGAACAUCAUAAAAAAAAGUCUUUUAUAAAAUGCUCUAAAUGAGUACUUUUAAAUACUUUUAAUAAUAAAUAAUAAAUUAGUUGAGGUUCAUGUUUUCUGCAAACGGUGCUGUGUCCUUUUCAUUUUCAUCCUAUUUUGUACUUUUAUUUGUCCUCUUCUUUCUUCCCCCUGAAAUGAAGCUGUGUUUAUGAAGCUGUAAGAAACGAAGCUGACUGUGUCUCUGUGCUCAGUGUCCUACAGUGUGGUCUGUUCUCUUCAUCCUUUACUCUUCUGUUGCAUUAAAAUCUUUCUCCACUCUGGAUGUUCAGACUCUUAUGUCUGGUGUCUACUGUUACACUUUAACUCUGCUUGAAGUCUGCUGUAUGUUUGAGUGGCUUUUAAAAGAUGGUUUAUUGUUUCUGCAAAUUUUUAAAAUAAAGUAUUUCUGUGAAAA